GGUAAGGGAGGUAAAAAUCGAAGGCGUGGUAAGAAUGAAAAUGAGUCUGAAAAGAGAGAACUGGUGUUUAAAGAAGAUGGGCAAGAAUAUGCACAAGUGAUCAAGAUGUUGGGAAAUGGUAGACUGGAAGCUAUGUGUUUUGAUGGAGUGAAGAGACUAUGUCACAUUAGAGGAAAACUGAGGAAAAAGGUGUGGAUUAACACAUCCGAUAUUAUACUGGUGGGCUUACGAGACUAUCAAGACAACAAAGCAGAUGUCAUUCUAAAGUAUAAUGCAGAUGAAGCAAGAAGUCUUAAGGCCUAUGGUGAACUUCCAGAGCAUGCUAAAAUCAAUGAAACAGACACAUUUGGUCCUGGUGAUGAUGAUGAAAUCCAGUUUGAUGACAUUGGAGAUGAUGAUGAAGACAUUGAUGAU